AUGAAGUCACGAGAUGCAACUGUUCUAUACGUUCUCGUAGCAUUUCGCUUCGUCAAUGCUCUCUGUGUGCGCACAUUCUUCCAGCCAGAUGAGUAUUUUCAGGCUUUGGAGCCGGCGUGGAAGAUAGCUUUUGGAAGUGAUAGUGGUGCUUGGUUGACCUGGGAAUGGCAAUAUCAACUUCGCUCUUCACUGCACCCUGCCCUGUUUGGUGGUGUCUAUCUCGCCCUUCAUAAUGUGUUGGAGGUUCUGCAAGCAAGCCCUGAAAUAUCUGCUUCACUCUUGGUGACUGCACCCAAAGCAAUCCAAGCCGUCUUUGCUGCUCUAGGGGAUUACUAUACUUGGAAGCUGGCCUUGCAAAUAUAUGGCAGCUCUGGGGGUAUCGCUUCCGCGGCUCUUUGGUUGACUGCCUUGAAUCCGUGGCAAUGGUAUUGCUCUACUAGGACAUUUUCAAAUUCCAUCGAGACCACCUUGACGAUCAUGGCUCUCCAUCAUUGGCCCUGGAGUCUACUGAGGGAUUCCAGUGAAAAUGGUAAGGGUGGCAUGGGUGAUUCCACUUCGUCGACCUUACGAGAAUCACUGCUACUCGCGGCAACCGCUGUGGUGUUGAGGCCAACGAACCUCCUCGUCUGGGUUGGGAUUCUCACCGUGGCAGCGACCAGAUUCACUCUGGACGGGAGAUCCCCACUCGAUACAGGAAGUAUUGUCAGCCUCAUGGUCAACAUAAUCAUCAGUGGACUCUCGGUCUUGGCCGUGUCUGUUCUGGCUGAUCGCUUCUAUUUUGGAUUUUGGACAUUUCCUCCUUACAACUGGCUUUACUUCAACCUCUCACAGUCGCUGUCCCUCUUUUAUGGUCGCAAUGACUGGCACUAUUAUCUUUCCCAAGGCAUCCCACUGCUCACGACUACAUGCCUUCCGUUUGUCUGCAUAGGGCUGUGGAAAUCGACAGGGCUCGCCCUGGUGCCAGGCCUGACGGUAUCCCAAUCAAAUGCGGUCAAGACUCUAUCCUUUGCUGUGCUUGCUCUGGUGGGAGCAUUAUCGACCAUAUCACACAAGGAGGUCCGGUUCAUUUACCCGCUUCUUCCUAUUCUCCAUCUCAUAGCUGCACCUUACGUCUACAGAUUCUUCACUAGCCACGAGACUACUUCACCCUCGGCCGCGAAGAACUCUUCUCCCUCAAAACCUCGACUUAGACACAAAUACAUCCUAGGCGGGUGCUUGGCAGUCAACAUCAUCCUCGGGGGCUAUCUCUCCGCGUUCCAUCAACCAGCUCCGCUCUCGGUCAUGCACUUCUUGCGCCACGAGUACGAGCGCAUCCACCCCGGCAGCCUUGUGCUUGGCCAAGCGACCCCCUCUUCGGGGCACAUGGCGCCUCUCGCACCAACCGGGAAAGGAACGAACACGGACACGGACCACCACCCGGACAAGGAGCUCUUCGCCCUCUUCCUCACGCCCUGCCACUCGACCCCCUGGCGCUCGCACCUCGUCUACCCGGGCCUGCACGCCCGCGCACUAACCUGCGAGCCUCCGAUCCACACCGAGCCUGGCACUCGCGAGCGCGACGAGUACCUCGACGAGGCCGACAGGUUCUACGCCGACAAGGCCGCCUUCCUGGCGACCGAGAUGUGGCCCCAGGACAAGGACGCCCGCCAGCUGCUCCCGAGGUACAUUGUAGGCUUCGAGGGCAUCGAGGAGGACCUGCAGCGGUUUUUCGACAGGCGGCACGGCCAGGGCGCGGAGCUCGGGGUCGAGCUCCGCAGGGUGUGGGAGGGCUGGAAUGGCUUCUUCAACGAGGAUGCGCGGAGAAGAGGGCUCCUGGUCGUUUGGGACACUGGGGUUUUCUCUGCAUGA